AUGGAGACCGAGAAGAAAUGGACUCAAACAGAAAAGGGUGAAGGUUUGUCCUCUAAGGCUAUUGACUGCAACCAAGAGGAGAAGCGGAAGCCUAGAAUCCCGGGACCAGUUACAUUUGAGGAUGUCACCGUGGUCUUCACAGAGGCAGAAUGGAAGAGACUGAGCUCUGAGCAGAAGAACCUCUAUAGAGAAGUGAUGCUGGAGAUCUACAGGAGUCUGCUGUCUUUGGAUAAAGCGCUGAAGAAAUUAGAAAGCUCAAGAUUUGGAGCAGUGAGCUGUGGAGAGAACGGAGCAGACUGUGGCCUGAAUUCAAACUUCAUCACAAACCAGAAGCCUGUCUCCCGCGGGCAUCCCCAUGUGUGCAGUAAGUGUGGCCGAGGCUUUAACCAGAAAUUCAACCUUCUUAGGCACCAGAGGACACACUCAGAACAGAAGCCACAUGUGUGCAAGGAGUGUGGGGAAUGCUUUAAGUGGAAAUCAGAAUUCCGCUGCCACCAGAGGACACACUCAGGUGUGAAGCCGUAUGUGUGCGGUGAGUGCGGCCGAGGAUUUGCUCAGUUAUCAGGCUUGCUUUACCACCAAAGGACACACUCAGGGGAGAAGCCACACGUGUGCAAGGACUGCGGACGAGGAUUUUACCGGAAUUAUAGCCUUCUCAUACACCAGAGGAUACACUCAGGGGAGAAGCCAUAUGUGUGCAAGGAGUGUUUGCGAGGCUUUAAAUGUAAAUCAGACUUUCACCGCCAUCAGAGGACACACUCAGCGGAGAAGCCAUAUAUUUGCAGUGACUGUGGCCGAGGCUUUAAAUGGAACUCAAGCCUAUGUAUGCACCAGAGGACACACUCAGAAGAGAAGCCACAUGUGUGCAGUGAGUGUGGCCGAGGUUUUAAAUGGAAAUCAAGCUUCCACCGCCACCAGAGAACACACACAGGAGAGAAGCCAUAUGUGUGCAGUGAGUGUGGCCGAGGCUUUGCUCAGAUAUCAGGUUUGCUGUACCACCAGAAGACACACUCAGGGGAGAAGCCUCAUGUGUGCAAGGAGUGUGGGCGAGGCUUUAACCGGAAAUAUAACCUUCUCAAGCACCAGAGGACACACUCGGGGGAGAAGCCAUUUGUUUGUAGUGAGUGUGGCCGAGGCUUUACCUGGAAAUGGAACCUUCUUAAGCACCAGAGUACACACUCACAGGAAAAGCCAUUUAUUUGUAGUGAGUGUGGCCGAGGCUUUACCUGGAAAUCAAACCUUCUCAAGCACCAGAGGACACACUCAGGGCAGAAGCCAUAUAUUUGCAGUGGGUGUGGCCAAGGCUUUGCUCACAAGUCAGUCCUCCUUAAGCACCAGCGGACACACUCAGAUUUGCAGUGA